CUCCUACCGCUGCGGACCAGCUUUCAGUUCUCAGUGCCUGCGCUACUCAGAAGACGGAUCGUCAUGAACCAUGUGUAUCGUUGCUGGUCGCGUUGGAUUACAAAAGUAUCAUUCUGAGGAUUUUUCUACGGAUAACCAGCAGAUCGCAUCUGAAGUCCUGAGAAGUAGUGGAUAUCGGCAAGAGUUGCGCUCUGUUGAACAUAAGGAAAUAUCACGGGAGCAUUUAGUAUUCCGUGUGAGGCGUGGAUGACAAAGAGAUUUAUUUGAGUGGGAAAGUAGCCUAUGCACCUCGCCAAAAUGGAAAAGAUCUUCUUUGCUUCUUUUAUUCUGUUGGCAACUUUGGCUCUGUGCGAGGGCAGGGUUGUGAAGGUUCCUGCCGGCCCUUUGGUCCGUGUUGAGGGCCAGGCCGUGUCCAUCCGCUGCGACGUGUCCGACUAUGAAGGUCCCAGAGAUCAGGACUUUGAGUGGACCAUGCUGCAAGCGGGGAAGGAGUUACAGGUCAUCUCGACGUUCGACAGCACGUAUCCCGAUGCCCUCCUGAGGGACCGCGUCUCCAGCACCGACAUAAGCGUCAAGAAGCUCAGUGACUCGUCUGUCGAGCUGAAAAUCAAGAAGGUUCGAGCCACAGACAGCGCCACCUAUCGGUGCAGUACUCCCAGCACGGACACGACGGUCAAAGGGAACUACUUUGCAGAUGUGUCGCUCAAAGUGAUAGGGGACAGCCUGAAGGUGGCGCCGUCGAUCCCAAAGCCUGUGGUGUCUGAAGGGGACCAGCUGGAGCUUCACUGCAACACCACCAGAGCUUUCACCGAGCACACCUCCCUGUCCGUCACCUGGUCCCUCAAGAAGGGUGGCUCGCCAAUAUCGGAGAUCCUGACCUUCGGCCCUGACGACAAGGUCACGGUGGGCGCUGGUUCUGCCCAGCGCUAUGCGGACGGCGGGCUCCGACUGGACCUGCGCGGAGGCGGGUUCUACGGGCUGGUGCUGUCUGGGGCCCGGCCAGAGGAUCAGGGGAAGUACGUGUGCACGGCCAGAGAGUGGGUGAGGCAGGCCGGAGGCUCCCUGGACAAGAUCCUGGAGAAGAGCGAGGAGAUGGGGAAGGUCACCGUCAAACCUACAGCCAAUACUCUCCAGGUCACUGUGGAGAAGAACAUCACCCUAAACGUGGAGGACACCCUCAACCUCACCUGCUUCGUGGCUGGUAACCCAGGCAACCUGGCCUCUCUGGCGCUGGAGGUGGAGUGGCUCAUGGGGUCCGACGCCUCCGCCAGCCCGCAGGUUCUGGUGCGCAUGGACCGCGAGGGGACGGUCACCGGAGGCUCGGCCCAACUGGCGAUGUCGCGGGUGGCGCCGGGAGACUUCCGACUCGUCGCGCAGAAGGCGGAGCGGUCCAACUCGGGCUGGUACUCCUGCCGCGUGCGGGCCUGGCUGCCCCAGAGCAGCAGCAAGUGGUACCAGGCCGCCGAGAUCACCUCCGGCCCGGUCCAGGUUCUGGUGACCCAGCUCGAGCCGGAGUUUACGGUCACCCUCAGCGCUGCGGUGGCCCCUCAGUUCACCGACGACCCCACGGAGCUCCUCUGCGAGGUCACCGACGUCCAGCACCUGCGCGACGGCCGCCUGGGCGUCACCUGGCUCCACUCCGACGCCCCGUCCGGCGACGCCUCAGCCGCCACGGAAACCGUCGCCACGCUGAACGAGCACGGCGUCCUGGUGGCCGGCGCGGCCUACCAGAAGCGGCUGGAGUCCGGGGACAUCGCGCUGAGCCGCGGCGACCCCGACGUCUUCAGGCUGCGGCUGCUCCGCACGCGCACCCAGGACAUGGGCGAGUACUCCUGCGCCGUGUCUGCCUGGACGCCCUCCAGGCAGGGGGGCUGGGAGCAGGCCAGAGAGAUCUCCUCCGCACCCGUCAAAGUCCAGUGGAGCCCCAAGACCCCGGUUCUAAGCGUGAUGGCCCACCGGAUCCGCGAGGCCUCCAGCGCCGGUUCUACCUUUGAGAUGAGCUGCCACGUCACCGGCCAGAACCUGCAGAACCCCGGCUACUCGGUGCUGGUGCGCACGGAAGAGAAGGCCGGCGCGGCCUCCCGCAAGGUGCUGUCCCUCAGCGCCGACUCGGUUCUGCAGCUGGAGGAGUGGACGGAACCGGGCCGCGUGGACAGCGUGGCGCUGGAGAAGACGGGCCCGCUGGAGUACCGGUUCCGCCUCUACGGAGCCCAGCUGGGCGACCGCGGGUCCUACUACUGCGAGGUCGCCGCCUGGACCCGGGCUUCCGCCACCACGGGAGGAGGAGACUGGACCAGGGUGGUCAGCGCCGAGUCCAAUAAGAUCCAGAUCUCGUUUGAGGACACAGGUCCGGUGUUCAAUGUGUCCAUUCAUUCAGACAAGCACAGAGUGGCUCCAGGAGAGACGGCUAAACUCCAGUGCAUCAUUACGGUCGUAGGAGCUUCUCCCAACAGAGGUGACGUGUCGUUCGAGGUGCAGUGGUUCCAGUCGCCGGUGCACGCGGUGGAGAACGGCGAUGCCGAGCCGCUGGUCAGCAUGGACCGCUGGGGCGUGGUGCGCAAGAGCGCGGCGGCCGCCAACCUGUCGGCGGCCGACUGCAGCCUGGAGCGCAGCGACGCGCACACCUUCGCGCUGAGCGUGCACGGGACGCGGGACGCGGACGCCGGCGAGUACUACUGCGUGGCCACGCCCUGGCUGCUGGCGCCCGCCUCGGGGGCGUGGAGCAAGGGCCGCCAGCUCACCUCGCCGCCCGUCUUCCUCUCCAUCAGGCUGGCACUGUGGGCGUCGGUGCGCGUGCCCCUGCUGUACGGCGUGGGGGCGGCGGUGGCCGUGGGCCUGCUCUCCAUCCUGCUGGGCCUGAUCUGCGCCCAGUGCUGCUGCCGCAACGCCCUGCACUCCCCGCGCUCCUCCAACAAGCUCAUGGACAUGGAGAUGGACUGACUAACCGCCCCGCCUUUCCCUCCGCUCCGGCGCGCCUUCAACGGGCGCUCGGCGCGGGAUCGGGAUCGGGAUUGCGACCGAGACCGAGACGGAGAGGCCGGAUUUCCACCGUUUUCGCCACUGACCACGGACUCGUUCCCUUCAAUGUGACCCGCCCUCCUCCACCAAGGCUCUUUCUGUCUCUUGUGCUCGAGGCUUUUUAGGACAUGAGCACACACACACACACACGCACAUACACACACACACACACACACACACACACACAUACACACACACACACACACACACACACACACACACACA